AUGGACACAUCACGUCGCUCAACAAGCCCUCAGUCCACAGCUUCAGGCGGCAGCAAGCAAGACCUCCUCUGGGACAUUCUCAUCUUUAACUCGCCAAGCAGAUCAACCGCUGCGGGACAAGGCCUUUUCAGCAAAGAGUUUGCCACGCCUGCGCGUGAAGCUGUGACAAGAGAUGCCACCUCGAUGGUGCGACCCACUCCCUCAACAAUCCAGAACAUCACUCCUGCAGAUGGUUUCCAAAGUUCUGUAGGUCCGUCGCUUGCGAGACCUCCUAUGCCCACUCCAGCCGCCACUGCUUCCACAGUUGCUGCAACAACAGGUCAACAACCUACUUUUAUGCCUGGCGUUGCGCAGUUUCCGACACCAGCGGAUCCCAACUACAUGGCCUUCAACGAUCAAAAUCUCGCUGCCAUUACUGAGUUUUUGGAUCAGAAUUCGGGAAGGAUGUUCAAUGAAUGGUGGGACUUUGGAGAUUUGUAG